AUGGCAUUUGCAAAUUUAGCUAAUAAAAAUUGUCAAGAAGCAAUCGCAUGUUUCAAAACUGUACUUGAGUUACAAUCAAAAUAUUUAUCACCUAAUGAUUCAAAUAUUGUACGAACAUAUAACAAUAUUGGUUCUAUUUAUCGUCAACUUAAUGAUUAUGAUGCUGCAUUAGAGACUUUUACACAAGUAACUGAUGUAGAAAAAUUUGUACAAAUGAAUUCUCUUGAAUAUGCAAAAACAUUAAAUAAUAUUGGAUUUAUAUAUUGUCAACAAGGAAAAUUAAUAAAUGCAUUACAUCAUUUUCAAAAGACAUUAGAAAUUCAAUUGACAUUCAAUGACAUACAACCGGAAGAAAUAGCUGGUACAUAUAAUAAUAUUGCAGGUAUUUAUCUAAGACAAAAUAAAUUUGAUUUGGCACUUGUCAAUGCUAAAAAAGUUUUUGAACAUUGUCCGAGAGUUCAUAAAUUACUUGCUGCGACAUAUGAUAUUUUAGCUGAAUUGUAUUCGAAACAGAAUCAAUUUGACCAAGCUAUUAAUGCGUAUUCGAAUAAGAUUGAAAUAAUGAAAAAAACGCAAUUUAUCAAUCCUCAAGAAUUAGCGAAGACGUAUAAUAACUUGGGAAUGAUUUAUAAUACCAUAUGCAAUUAUGACAUGGCUAUGAAAAAUUUUGAAAUGACGCUCACGAUAGAACAAGAAUUAUUUCCGUCGAAUCAUCCUACUUUUGCUAUAACAUAUAAUAAUAUUGCAAGUGUUUGUUUUGCUAAGGAAGAUUUUCGUAAAGCAUUAAAAUAUUAUAAUAAGGAGCUUGAAAUUCGUUUAUUAUCAUUGGAUUUGAAUUGUGCAGAUCUUAUGACAAACUAUCGAAAUCUUAGUGUAGUUUAUUUCAAAUUAAAUAAAUAUGCCGAUGCAUUCAAAAUGAGCGAAAUGGCACGGAAAACUCUUGUUGAAUAUAUACCACCGAAUGACAAUCAGUUAAUAUCAUUAUAUAAUGAUUUAGGAGAAAUGUAUUAUCUCAAUCAUAAAUAUGAUAUUGCAUUGGAUAAUUACAAACAAGCACUGAGAAUAGGAUUGAAAAUAUUGCCAGCUGAUAACGAGGAACUAAUAUCUGUUUAUAAAAAUAUCGAUGAACUUUAUUUUAUGAGCAGAAUUAUAAUUUCAACUGAUCAUUCAUCAGAAGAAAAUUGUUUUACAUCAUUAACAUAUAGUACUAUUGGAGCUAUAUUUAAUGAAAUGAAUAACUAUGACAAAGCAUUACUCUACUAUAAAAAUGCAUAUCAUGCCGAACUGAAAAUGGCUUCACCGGAUCUUGAUCACAUCGAAACAUACAAAAAUAAUAUGAAUGCAAUGAAAAAUAAAACAUCCUACUUUAGCAGAGAAAAAUUCAUUCAAUUAAUGUAUACAAUUUAUGAAUAUUUAUUCAAUGCUGGCUAG